AUGGCGAGAUCCACGGCGCUUUCGCUCCGUGCCGUCCUCGCGUUUGCCGCUGGCGUGUAUUCGCAAAGCUGCAUCGGCAGCACCGGACCCAAGGUCUACGAGGCUGAGAAUGGAGUCCUUUCCGGGACGACGGUUGCCACGGCCCAGGCCGGCUUCACGGGCACUGGCUAUGUGACCGGCUUUGAGGACGCCACCGACAAGCUCACCAUCAACCUCGACUGCCAGGGCCAAGGCCAAAAGCUUUUCGACCUCAGCGUCAGAUAUGCCGGCAUCUACGGCGAAAAGCGAACCAAUAUCAUCCUCAACGGCGGUGCCGCCAGCGAGGUGCUCCUUGCUGCUGGUGAUACCUGGGCCACCGCCAACGCCGGCCAGGUGCUGCUCAACGAAGGCAGCAACACGAUCGAUAUCGUAACCCACUGGGGAUGGUACCUCAUCGACUCCAUCACCCUCACGCCCACCGUGCCCCGCGGGCCUCACAACAUCAACACGGCGCUCGUCAACGCCAACGCCAACGCCGACGCCAACGCCCUCUACGCCUACCUCCGCUCCAUCUACGGCAAGAAGAUCCUCUCCGGCCAGCAGGAGCUCUCCUACUCCAACUGGAUCGGCGAGCAGGUCGGCAAGCUGCCGGCCCUCGUCAGCGUCGACCUGAUGGACUACUCCCCGAGCCGCGUCGAGCGCGGCACCGUCGGCACCGCCGUCGAGGAGGCCAUUACCCACCACGCGCGCGGCGGCAUCGUAUCGGUCCUCUGGCACUGGAACGCGCCGACGGGCCUCUACGACACGGAGGAGAACAAGUGGUGGAGCGGCUUCUACACGCGCGCCACCGACUUCAACGUCGCCACCGCCCUCGCCGACACCACCAACGCCAACUACACCCUCAUCAUCCGCGACAUCGACGCCAUCGCCGUCCAGCUCAAGCGGCUGCAGGACGCCGGCGUCCCCGUCCUCUGGCGCCCGCUGCACGAGGCCGAGGGCAAGUGGUUCUGGUGGGGCGCGCAGUCGCCCGACGACUGCAAGAAGCUCUGGGCCCUGCUGUACGACCGCCUCACGAACCACCACCAGCUGAACAACCUCGUCUGGAUCUGGAACUCCAUCGCCGCGGACUGGUACCCCGGCGACGACACGGUGGACAUCCUCAGCGCCGACGUCUACGCCCAGGGCCACGGACCCAUGACGACCCAGUAUAACGACCUCAUAGCCCUCGGCCAGGACAAGAAGCUCAUCGCCGCGACCGAGGUCGGCAGCGCCCCCUUCCCGGACCUCCUCCAGGCGUACGAGGCGCACUGGCUGUACUUCUGCGUCUGGGGCGACACCUUCAUCAACAACGCCGAGUGGAACAGCGUCGCGGACCUGAAGAAGAUUUACGAAAGCGACUACGUUCUCACCCUUGACGAGAUCCAGGGAUGGAGAGGUUGA